AUGUUAAUCGUUUUAUUAAUUCCCAUAACAGCUUUACAACAGGAUCCUCUGGACCAAAUAUUAUCAUUUAAUGAAAAAACUGCAGGACCUAUUGGCAUUAUGACAACAAGUAAUGGUGCACCAGUGAGUUAUAGAGACGCAUCAGGUACUUUAAACACGAGAUUGUUGUAUAAUGAAUAUUUCAUGGAUUCGAUAACCCACCUCUCUCGCGAGCGUAUACCUGAAAGAUUCGUACACGCAAAGGCUGGAGGGGCAUUUGGAUAUUUUAUAGUAACUCACGAUAUAACUCACAUUUGUAAAGCCAAGCUUUUCAGUACAAUCGGCAAGAUAACACCGAUAGCGGCAAGAUUUUCAUCAAUCAUUGUGGAGAGAGGUGGUAGUGAUACUUCCAGGGACGCACGCGGAUUCGCGGUUAAAUUCUACACAGAAGAAGGAAAUUUCGAUAUAGUUGGUUUAAACACUCCAAUGUUUGUCAUUAAAGAUCCUCUAUUUUUUACUACAUUCGUUCAUGCUGUGAAAAAAAAUCCCACUACAAAUUUAUUUGAUGCAAAUGUUUUGUGGGAUUUUUUAACUCUUCGUCCAGAAAGCUGGCAUAUAUUCUUAUGGAUAUUUAGUGAUAGGGGAAUUCCUGAUGGAUAUCGUCAUAUGCCUGGUUUUGGUAUACAUACAUUCCAAGUAGUGAAUGAAGGUGGUGAAAAUUAUUUUGUUAGGUUCCACUUUCUACCGAAUAAGGGUAUCAAAAAUUUAAGUGCAGAGGAAGCUAGAAAUAUUGGUGCUGAAGAUGCUGAUUAUAACACACGCGAUUUAUAUAAAUCUAUUUCGAAUGGUGACUUUCCAGCUUGGAAUUUAUCGGUACAGAUAUUAUCCCUAGAAGAUGUAAAAAAUGCAAAUUUCGACGUUUUUGAUGUAACUAAAAUUCUCCCUUUACACACAUAUCCUUUACAUCCCGUUGGACAAGUCGUAUUAAAUAGGAACCCGGUUAAUUAUUUCGCUGAAAUUGAGCAAUUAGCAUUUAAUCCAGCCAAUCUUGUACCCGGUAUCCUCGGUGGUGUUGAUAAGCUGUUUGAAGCACGACGGUUAUCUUAUAGAGAUGCACAGUACUAUCGCUUAGGUGCAAAUUUUAAUAAAAUCCCUGUAAAUUGUCCACUUCAAAGUAAAUCUUUCACUUACAAUCGUGAUGGAGUACCACCGGUUAAAGCCAAUGGAAAGGACACGCCUAAUUACUUUCCUAAUUCCUUUAAUGGACCAUUUCCUCUUAAAGAUUUCAACAGUUCAGAGCCAAUUAAGAUUAUAGAACAAGUCUCUGAUAAUUUUGGACAAAUAAGAGAGCUUUAUUUAUAUGGUAUGACAGAUGAAGAAAGAGAUAACCUAAUUGAUAAUAUAUUGUAUAGUUUGGGUUCAGCUUCAAAGAUUCUUCAGGACAGAGCUGUCAAUAUUUUUAGUUUUAUACAUUCGGAUUUCGGUAAUCGAAUUGAACAAGGUCUGAUAUCAAAUAUAACAGGCACAUUUUACUUAUAA